AUGGCUUGUCCUUGGUUGGGAAAAACAGGACGUGCUUUAAUGACUUCUGCUGGAAUUUUACUAAAGAAGUUAGCACAACAGCAUAACUUCGCUGUAUUGGUGACUAAUCAUAUGGUGGCUGGAGAGCGAGGUAUUCUCAAGCCAGCACUUGGAGAGAGCUGGAAGAGCAUCCCACACGUACGGCUUCAGCUCUCCCGUGACCACGGGAGCAACAUCUGCAAUAUGUCCAUUAUUCGACACCCCCUCAUGAACCAACCCAAAGGAAAGCACCUCAAACAUCAGUAUCCAAAAGCUUCACAUCCUUCUGUCAAACUCAAGGCAACCAGAAAGUUCUUUCCUUUUCCACACAAAGCCGUUGUCUCCCUAGUUUUCCUCGUCCUGGCAAUCACAUGUGCAUUCUCAGCUCGGAUCCUUGAAGAGGAGGAACCACCGGCGCCAGUAGUUGCACCCGAGGCAUCCGAUUCAGUUGGACAACCGGUUUCCGGUGUAAGUCCAGUGGGUACUGCCCCAGCUGCUGCCGCUAGUUGCACAUCAUAUACUUUCCUUCUUCAUGCAUGUCGUUCUUGGUGGAUCAAACCCCUCGGCAAGAGCUGUGAUCGGGAUGGUAGUCAACAUGGCUCUCAUGAUCAAGUACCGUUUGCCAAGCCGAACGGUGCUGUCCUCCCAGUGAGCAAUGGUGUUCCAGUCAACAAUGCCAGCAGUGGAGUUAUUAACAACAAUAACAUACCCUUCCUCACUGGACUCGGUGGAACCACAUCUAAUGUGAUGCAAAACAAUGGUAACAACAUUAUUGGAGGCUGUUUUGGGUUCCCGGUCCUGAAUAGUGCCCAGCUCCCUGCUGGGGCCACUCUCCAGAAGCUCAUGUUUGGGACAAUGACAGUAUUCGAAGAUGAAUUAACCGAAGGCCAUGAACUCGGGUCUGGAUUGAUUGGAAAGAGCCAAGGAUUUUAUAUUGCAAGCUCAGAAGAUGGGUCAAGUCAGACCAUGGUUUUCAAUGCCGUGUUUACCAGCAGCGUCUCGGAAUCCCACCUUGCCAUCAUGGGUGGCACUGGGAUGUAUGUCAAUGCUAAGGGCUAUGCCACGGUCAAGACCAUUCCUGGUGCAGCAAACCAGCACAAUUCUGAUGGAGUGGAGACUGUACUGGAGAUAACUGUGUAUCUCACUUAUUAG